AUGGCUGAGCCUGCACACUGCAAUGGAAUACACAAGCCGCCCCGAACACAUGUCAAUGGACUUUCCAAGAGGAACGGCUACUCCAAGACUCUGCAGAAUGGAACAGCAAAUGGCGGCCUGUACAACAGGGAGUUCAAGGAGACCUUUGAAGAAGCUCCUUUGUACGUUGCCGUGUUCACCUACAUAGGCUUUGGUGUUGUGACUUUAUUUGGCUACUUACGGGACUUCUUGAGAGCAUGGGGACUAGAGAAAUGUCAUAUGGCGGAAGAAAGGGAAGAGCAAAAAGACUUCGUGCCUUUGUAUCAAGACUUUGAAAACUUUUACACAAGGAAUCUAUACAUGCGAGUACGUGACAACUGGAAUCGGCCUAUCUGCAGUGUUCCGGGGCCUCAAUUUGACCUAAUGGAGCGAUUGACAGACGAUUACAACUGGACAUAUAGGUACACGGGAAAAGUAAUUAAAGACGUGAUAAACAUGGGAUCAUAUAACUAUCUUGGCUUUGCAGAGAAGGAUGAAGAGUCCCUGGAGACAGUGAAGGAUAUAUUGCAGGCAUACGGAGCUGGAGUAUGCAGUAACAGACAGGAGAUGGGGCAUUUGGACAAACACCAAGAGCUGGAGGAUUUGGUGGCAGAGUUCCUCAGUGUGGAGGCGGCAAUGGUAUUCAGCAUGGGCUUUGCCACAAACUCGACAAAUAUUCCGGCACUUGUAGGGAAGGGCUGCUUAAUAUUAAGUGAUGAGUUAAACCACACGUCUUUGGUUCUUGGAGCCAGACUGUCAGGAGCUACCAUCCGAAUUUUCAAGCAUAACAAUAUUCGAAACUUGGAAAAAUUAUUACAAGAAGCCAUUGUCAACGGUCAGCCACGCAGCCAUCGAGCUUGGAAAAAAAUACUGAUCCUUGUUGAAGGAAUUUACAGCAUGGAAGGAUCUAUCGUUCGUCUACCGGAAAUUGUGGCGUUGAAGAAGAAAUACAAGGCUUAUUUAUAUUUAGAUGAGGCGCAUAGUAUUGGGGCAGUGGGACCUACAGGAAGAGGAGUGGUGGAAUAUUUUGGAAUAGACCCUGCAGACAUUGACAUAUUGAUGGGAACGUUUACUAAAAGUUUUGGAGCCAUUGGUGGAUACAUUGCUGGGAAAAGGGAACUGGUGGAAUACUUGAGAACGCAUUCACACAGUGCAGUUUAUGCCGCUUCAAUUUCUCCUCCUGUAACAGAGCAAAUCAUCAGAGUGAUGAAGUGUUUUAUGGGACGUGAUGGGUCACACACAGGCUUAAAAAGAGUACAUCAGCUUGCAGAGAACACUCGAUACUUCCGACAUAAGUUACGGGAGCUGGGGUUCAUCACUUACGGCAAUGAAGAUUCUCCAGUUGUUCCAGUGCUUUUGUACAUGCCAGGCAAAGUCGGGGCAUUUUCAAGACACAUGCUGGAGAAGAAGAUUGGCGUUGUUGUAGUAGGGUUCCCAGCCACUCCUAUUACUGAAGCAAGAGCGAGGUUUUGUAUUUCAGCAGCACAUACAAAGAAAAUGUUAGACACUGUCCUGGAUGCACUUGACGAGAUGGGUGACUUUCUACGGCUAAAGUAUUCGCGGCAGUCCAAAUCAGACCGCUAUGUGGUGUAUGAUGAGCCAAAUGUUGAACUUGAUGCAUAAAAAGGUGCUUGCUGGAUAUCUCUCUACUGUGAAGCCCCCUGACUUUGGAUCCCAAAAGCAGCCAUUAUUCAGUCCAAUGUAGUGCACAUUGUUCAUGGUAACUCAGCCCUGCUGUGAGGGCUAUUCAAAUGUAGCAGAUUUCCCAAGCUAGGACCAUACAUCCACUGUUCUAUUUCCCUAUAUGUUCUAUAGUAAAUCAUG